AUGGAUGAGCGGCGAGACCUUCGCAAAUUCCCCCGAGGGGAGAGAUGCCCAGAAUGUGGUGCUCGGAAAUGGUACCUGGAGAACGGUCUGCGGUUCUGCUCCAAUGGACACCAGGUUGAGGGCUUUGUCCAGUUUGACAUGGGCGAUGAGCAAGAUGCGGGCAAGAUGGGAAGCGUCGCGAGGCGCGAGAAGGAGACCAAGGAAAAGGAGCUACGACAUCUCACGGGCCAGGCGGGAAAGAAUCUCUUUCUCGAAUCCUUACAGCUAAUCCUGAGGAACCAACUGCUAUGGCUCAUAAAGGAGAAGGGGCAUCGCGAGGAGCUCGAGACUGUGGUGCGCGACCUAUGGGAUCUUCGCACCCGCGGUUCCAGCUCGCUCGUCAUUGACGACGCCCCAGCAGCCGAUCUGGAGAUGUUCAGUUCGCAGCCAACAAGCGAUGAGAAGAAUGCUGCGUCGACCAAGUCAGCCUCGAGGGCUCAGAGCUGGGACCCAGAGAGGGGGCCAGAUUGGCCCAUGCCCAGGAUGCUCGAUACACUUGCCCUAUGUUACUUGGGAUGCUUACUCCUAAGAAUACCAACGUGGAUCGGAGAGCUAUGUCUUUGGGUCAACAAUGGCCAUAUGCCUUACAAGAGAGCAUAUUAUGAUCUACAACAAGAGAUGCAAGACCGUCUACCUUCUGCUUAUACAAAAGCACUCAAGCUGCCCCUUCGCUCAUCUCUAAAAGGCUUCGAUCUUCACAACGCUGUGAUGGACCUGGCGCUUUCUUAUCAUCACAACUACGGAAUCAUCUUUCCAGACAUAAACGAAACACCAACUCUUGUCCAUUAUGUGAGGCAAUUGGCUUUGCCAGUUGAGACACUCGUCACAGCCAGAAGUUUACUGUCAGUGAUGGAGUGUUCCCUUCAACUCCCCCUUGAGAAACCUCGACGAUUCCUGCUCGACUAUCCCGAAGUCCAGAUCCUUUCUGCUAUUCUUGUUGCGACCAAGUUAUGUUUCCCUCUAUCAAGAAACCGACCCCUGCUCCAAGUUGGCAACGAACAGAGUAUGCAGUUUAGUUGGCCGAAAUGGCAGAAAGGCGUCAACAAACUGGUAGAUGCGUCACAAGCGUCAGGCAAAGAACCGGAUUUCAGCAGCGUCACCGUUGACCAGGUCACAUCCAUGACAAUGGAGGAACUUGACAAAUAUCUUGCUCACGUUGCAAGUUUGGUUGACAGAAAGAACGAUCAGGCAAUCACCAGGUUCUUCCCGUCCGAGGAGACCCAAGUGAUAGAAGCGCCUUCAAGUGAAAAUACAGACCAAGAAACAGAUGUCUGGAUACGACGUGUCCUUGGUCAAGCUAUCAAAGUCGCUGGGGAAGAGGACUCGGAUUCAGACGAUGGUCCCCCAGAAGAGCCGAACUAUGAGGCUUUCCGUUCAGUGGAAGACCUGACAGAUACUGCACAGGCAUUGUAUAGAGCUUCCAUGCAGAUUUUCGUGAAGACCCUGACGGGCAAGACCAUCACCCUCGAGGUCGAGUCCUCGGACACCAUUGACAAUGUCAAGUCCAAGAUCCAGGACAAGGAGGGCAUCCCCCCGGAUCAGCAGCGACUGAUCUUCGCUGGCAAGCAGCUUGAGGAUGGCCGAACUCUCUCCGACUACAACAUCCAGAAGGAGUCCACCCUGCACCUGGUCCUCCGUCUCCGUGGUGGUAUCAUUGAGCCCUCGCUCAAGGCUCUCGCCUCCAAGUUCAACUGCGACAAGAUGAUCUGCCGCAAGUGCUACGCUCGUCUCCCCCCGCGUGCCACCAACUGCCGCAAGCGAAAGUGUGGCCACACCAACCAGCUCCGACCCAAGAAGAAGCUCAAGUAA